AUGUCAAUUACAGCUAAAGUUGUACUUGUAGGUGAUUCAAGAGUCGGAAAAACAAGCAUACUUCAUCGUAUUACAACUGGUGACUCGAAUUUUCGAUCCAUUAAGCCUACAAUCUCAGGAAAUUCCGAAAGAAUUCCAAUUGAGGUAGAUGGAAAAAAGGUAACUCUUGACAUUUGGGAUACGGCUGGAACUGAAGCUUAUCAGAGCCUUGCUCCAAUGUUUGCAAGAAAUGCUCAAGUUUGUUUAUGCGUAUUUGAUUUGAACGAUCAAGCUUCAUUUGAUAGUAUUCCUGGAUGGAUCCAAAUGAUGGAAGCGAGUGAAGACAUACCAUAUUACUAUAUUAUUGGAAAUAAAUCAGAUCUCGAAACGAAAAUUCCUCAAGAACAACUCGAUACCUACAUCAAUCAUUCUAGUUACAGAUAUUACCAAGUCUCGGCUUUAACAGGAUAUCAAAUUGAUGUUUUAUUCGAUGAUAUCGCAAGGGAUGUUUCCCAGAAUGAAGCUGCAACUGCGCAAAAGGAAAAUAUUAAUUUAGAAAGUCAGCCAGAACAAAAUCAAAAGGGUUGCUGUUAA